AUAUCUGCUCUUUCUAACCAUUGACUUUGUAGUCAGAACUCAGAAACCGAAAUUCUUGCGGCUUGUCUCUAUCUCUCUCUGUUUAGUGAGAGACAGAAGUUGACGCAGGUAUGGCUUCUAGUUCUAGUGUUUCCCUUUAAGCCGUAUCACGCGUUUACGUCUCCACCGUUGAAAAUCGACCUCUUGAAUGGGAUGAUACCUCAUCAAUGUGUCGUCUCUUACCCGUCUUCGUUUUAUUUCCUCUCUGAUUUUAAUUUCGCUUAAUUCCUCCUUUAUUGCUUUAAAUGUAUCCUUCUUUCUUAAUUCUGCUUUCUUUUCUAUGUUUCUUUGUAAAUCUUUCUCUGUCUGAUCCAAGAGCUACCCAGGCAGCUCUGAUAUGCACAAACAGAACAGCAACGGUGCCAGAGAGGCAAACCUUCAUUGCAAACUUCUUGGCAGCGUUGGACGCAGUGACACCGCUGAUUUUGAGACAAAAAUAUGCAGCUGUUAUUAAUGGGACGGGAAACACUACAGUUUAUGCUUUUGGUGAGUGCAUGAAAGAUCUUGAUGGAACAGAUUGCAACCUCUGUUUUGCUCAGUGCAAGACUCAGGUUUUGAGGUGCCUCCCUUUCCAGCGAGCCAUUCGUGGAGGUAGACUUUUCUAUGAUGGGUGCUAUUUAAGGUACGAUGAUUAUGAUUUCUUUAACGAGACAUUGAGUACACAAGAUAAGACUAUUUGUGCAAGUGCGGAUUUCAGUGGUGGUAAUAAGACUGUUUUCAGCGCUAAUGUUUUGGAGUUAGUGAGGAAUUUGAGUGUAUCAGCUCCAAAGAAUGAUGGGUUCUAUGUUGGGUCUGUGGAUAGAGGGAAUGUUUCAGUUUUUGGGUUGGCUCAGUGCUGGGAGUUUGUGAAUGGAAGUGCUUGUGAGACUUGUUUAACAAAUGCUGUGUCUAAGAUUGGUUCAUGUACUCCAAAGGAAGAAGGCAGAGCUUUGAAUGCUGGUUGUUACUUGAGAUACUCAACUCAUAAAUUUUAUGAUAAUUCAACCUCUCCAAUUGGAAGAAAUAAAAGUCGGGGCCGCUUGACGGUUAUUCUGGCUGUGACAUCUUCCAGUGUGGCUGUUGCUUUGAUGAUUGCAACAACUGUUUUCUUUGUGAGGAGGAGAGUCGUGGAAAAGAGGAGAGGCAAGAAGGAACUUGGUGCUUUACUGGUCACAGUGAACAAGUCCAAGCUCAAUUUCUCAUAUGAAUCUCUUGAAAAAGCUACAAAUUACUUCCACCUUUCAAACAAACUGGGACAAGGAGGAUCUGGAUCAGUUUACAAAGGAACGUUGUCGGAUGGGACUACUGUUGCUAUAAAGAGGCUUCUAUUCAACACAAGGCAAUGGGUGGAUCACUUCUUUAACGAAGUGAAUUUGAUCAGUGGCAUUCAACAUAAGAAUCUUGCGAAGUUGCUGGGAUGUAGCAUUACAGGACCAGAAAGCCUUCUUGUUUAUGAAUAUGUGCCAAAUCAAAGCCUUCACGAUUACUUCUCUGCCAAAACGAAUCUCCGACCGUUAUCAUGGGCAAUGAGGUUUAACAUCAUAUUGGGUACAGCUGAGGGCUUAGCCUAUCUUCAUGAGGAAUCAGAGUUGAGAAUCAUACAUAGAGACAUUAAACUGAGCAAUAUUCUGCUCGAUGAGGAUUUUAACCCAAAAAUAGCUGAUUUUGGACUUGCUAGGCUAUUUCCAGAAGACAAGUCUCACAUCAGCACGGCAAUUGCUGGCACAUUAGGUUACAUGGCCCCAGAGUAUGUUGUUCGUGGAAAACUGACCGAGAAGGUUGACGUUUACAGUUUUGGAGUUCUUGUGAUUGAGGUUGUCAGCGGAAAAGGGAAAAAUUCCGUCCCUCAAGAUUCACGAUCUAUCCUACAAAAGGUAUGGAGCCUGUAUGGAAAUGGUAGACUAUGUGAAGCUGUUGAUCCAGUCCUAGAAGGAAAUUUUCAAGAAGACGAAGCAUCACGAUUACUUCAAAUAGGCCUACUUUGUGUACAAGCUUCGCCAGAGCUGCGUCCAUCGAUGUCGAUCAUUGUUAAAAUGAUUAAUGACAACCAUGAAAUUCCUCAGCCAACACAACCACCAUUUCUCAGUCCUCCUACUACGGAGAGCAGCCCAUUGAGGCAGCCUGAGUCUUCUACUACCCACUCUUCAGGGAAUAACAUGACACAAAGCUGGAUCGAGCCCAGAUGACAUCCUUGGGCAGUUCUGACAGCUUGAAACUUGGUUGCUCCUAGUUGAUCUCAUAUAACUUGCUCGAAUUCUUCCCCUGCUCGUUCUUUCUUGAGUUGUGAAGGCCGAUGAAUAUAGGAAACAGGCAAAUACUCUACAGUGAGGGAACUCGAGUGACCUGUUAAUACUGAAACAGUUAAAUAGAAAUGGUUUUCCGUGUUGAUAUCAUAUAAAGCAGCCAUUCUAUAAAAUUAUACGUUUAUGAUAUUC